AUGCAACAAAGUGAGUAUCAACAAUUGUAUUCACGACAUCAAACAACUAGACGAGAACAUCAAAGAGAGCUGAUUGGACCACUACAACAGUUAAAUACUAACGUACAGCAAUCGUUAAUAGAUGCUAAAAACGCCUAUGAAAAAGCAAAAGAAAGUUAUCAUCAUGAAUUUAAUGUAUUAAAACGUGUUUUUACUCAUACAGCUUCUGAACAUGAAACACAAUUAGUUACACCUUUAAAAGAAAUUUAUCAUCAAGAAAAAGAUCUAGCUAACAAAGUUGUUAAACUACUCGAUGACACAACACUUGAAACAUCUCCUCUCGAAACACGUGAAUAUUGGAAUGGAUCUAUCGCUGUUGUAUACAACCCAAUAACUGGUCGCGCUGAAUGGAAAAAAUAUUGGCAUGGUGGAUGUCAUGGUGUAUUCAACCCAUUAACAGGUAUUAUUGAAUGGAAAGAGAUAUACCAUCAUGGUGUUUAUGGGGUCUUCAACCCUCGAUUGAAUACAAUUGAAUGGAAUCAAAAUUUCAAUGGAGGUAUACACGGGGUUUACAAUCCAACAACAGGUAUCGUUGAAUGGAAAUCAGCAUUUCAUGCGGGCGUGGGUGGCGCCUAUAAUUCUCUGACAAGACAAGUUGAAUGGAAAACAUGUUUCCAUGGUAGUGUUGUCGGUUAUUACGAUGAACAAACACAAACAGUUAAAUGGAUAGAAAAAUGGCAUCAUGGUCUUGCUCUUAUUUUAUGGAAUGCAAGUACUAAAACAUAUUCAACAACUGCCAGCUGUGGCUGGUUUGAUAAUGAAUAA